AGGCAGGGCCAGGUCAGAAGCUGGCCGUAGAGACCGGACUUCUACAGUCCCACCUGGCCCCCCUGGGAAAGCAAUGCACAAAGCCUCCUGUGUCCGGGACUGAGCUGCUGAGAAGCCGAGCAGAGUUCUCACGCGUGGGCUGAGGCCCAGUUCCUGGGAGGAGAGAUGCUAGGUAGGGAGGUGUUUGCUUGUGGGACCCAGUACAGCCUGGUCCUCUCCCACGUUUGGGAGGGGCCAGAGCUCCAGAAAACAGCUGGGCUGGUCUGCUAGAGAGGUCAUCUGACUGGCUGUUCCACCUGGGCUGCACAUGCCCCCCCACCCCACCUCUACCAGGCCACACAGGAGCUAGUACCCACACAGGCACGCCACCAGGCUGUGACGACACCCACCUCACCCCCAGCACCUCGGGGCACCCAUGUCCCCACAAGAACACAAACUCACAUCAGCUCAGAAAUUGCACCUGCUGACUUAGAAACCCAGCUAGAGACUCCAAGGGUGAGAGGCAGGCAGGAGGGCAGCCGGCUGCACCAUGUCUGUGACCAGUGGGAAAACGGGGCUCUCCCUGACCCAGGAGAUCCUCAGCCACCUGGGCCUUGCCAGAAAGACUGCAGCGUGGGGGACCCUGGGCACCCUCAGGACCUUCUUGAGCUUCAGUGUGGACAAGGACGUGCAGAGGCUGCUGAGGGCCAUCGCAGGCCAGGGCGUGGACCGCACUGCCAUUGCGGACGUGCUGGCCAACCGCAGCAGAGAGCAGAGGCAGCUCAUCUCGCGAGCUUUUCAGGAGCGCACCCAGCAGGACUUGCUGCAGUCUCUGCAGGCGGCACUCUCCGGCAACUUCGAGAGGAUCGUGGUGGCUCUGCUGCGGCCAGCAGCCCAUUUUGAUGCCCAGGAAUUGAGGACAGCCUUGAAGGACUCAGGUUCUGCUGAGGAUGUGGUUCUGGAAAUCCUUGCUACCCGCACCCCACCCCAGCUGCAGGAGUGCCUGGCAGUCUACAAACACGAUUUCCAGGUAGAGGCUGAGGAGGACAUCAAAUCUGAGACCAGUGGCACUUUGCAAAACCUGUUGCUGGCCCUGGCCAAGGGGGGGCGUGAGAGCUGCUCCGAAAUCAUUGACUAUAACCUCACAGAACAGGAUGUCCAGGCACUGAAGCAAGCUGAAGGACCCGGCACAGAGGGCACAUGGGUCCUUAUCCUCACUCAGCGGAAUCCUGAACACCUUGUCCGAGUGUUUGAUCAGUACCAGCGGUGCACUGGGCGUGAGUUGGAGCACACUGUCCGGAACCGUUUCCGUGGAGAUGCCCAGAUGGCUCUGCUCAGCCUAGCCUCGGUGAUCAGGAACACAGCACUCUACUUUGCCGAUAAACUUCAUCAAGCCCUCCAGGGAACUGAGCCCAAUUACCAAGUCCUGAUGCGCAUCCUUAUCUCUAGAAGCGAGACUGACCUGCUAAGCAUCCGAGCUGAGUUCAAAAAGAAAUUUGGGAAGUCCCUCUACUCUUCCCUCCAGGAUGCAGUGAGAGGGGACUGCCGUCCAGCCCUACUAGCGCUGUGCAGGGCUGAAGACCUUUGAGACCACUCCGCCCCUCCGUCCGCACAGACAGUCAGGAUCUGAGAUCCCAUGCUUGGCUGAGCCUGCAGGAGACCAGCUGGGCCAGAAAUAGAAUUGCACGUUUGAGCUUCUUGUUGAGGCUGGAACUCAAAGUUUUCUUUUAAAUCCUUUAAUUUCUCUCAUCUCAAAGUGAUACUUGUUACAGUGGUCAGUGGUACGGGUUGUGAAAGCAUUCACAAGGAAAGGCAGGUGUAAAGAAUCAAGUUUUUAUUCACUCUCCAAGAAAGGAGAGGGGCUUGGUGUGGAGAGAUACACCAGCCUUGAGGGGUGGGGGCUUUGGGCUUUUAUUGGAUUAUAAUUGGAUUUUAAAAGUGGGGGUGGGGGUUGCUGUGGUGAGGCCCCUGGGCCGUUGGGGGUGUGGUAACGGGAGGCUGCAGUUUGUUCCGAUGUUAUCUUCUGCCAGGGGCUGUAGGGAGUGGUUCUGUCUCUGCUUCCAGUAAUUCCCAGUCCUGGGGACAAGCUCAGAAGAGUAAAAUGGCAGUCAUGUUUAACAAGGUCACAGGCGGGCUAGGCACCUGGUGCCACAACAGCAAGUGGGGCUGGCCUUGUCCCUUCCGUACCUGCACCUGACUCGCCUAGCUCUGUCUUGGACGUGGGUUACUAGGAGCUGCUGGACAGUUUCUGCCCUGCCUCAUCCUUCCCAUACCCUGCACAGAACACCUCACUGAUGCCGGUCGGCUUUAGCCAACUUCAUUCUUGUUUGUGUUCCCUGAUUGAAGUUAGGGUGGAGCAGGACGUGGGUGGGGAGGAGGCCUGGAAGUAGACGUGCGCUGGGUUACUCAACAGGAAUCCUGUUUUGGGCUCUAGUGCUACAGUUAUCAACAGCCCCUCUCCCCUCGGGGUGUCCCUCCGCCCCCGCAUUAUUCUCUCUUCCCCAGGAAAUUUUAGGUAAAAUCACUGAGAAACAAAAAUCAGAACAAGGCCAGGAAUGGUCAGAGGUAGCAAAGGACCAUCUGUAGAAACUGGGAGGCAAGCAGAGGAUCAAGCUGCCUCUGGCCUGCCCGGGAAGUCUCAGGUUAGCAGGGAGCACAACCCCCAAAUCCGUAUCUCCAAAGAGAGAACCCGCCUCCAAAUGAGAGAACUAUUUCCCAAAGAAGACCUAUCAAAAAACAGAUCAACAAAAACAAGGAAAAACAGGCUGUGGUUCCCCCUGCUGGCUCUGUCCGAUGUGACAGGCAACCCCUCACACCUCUUUCCCCUCCCCCGCCUUUUGCAUUCCUCCAUGGGGUCAAAUACUUAACCCCAUUGAUACAGGGUAAGGACAAACAACAGAUCUCAGGAAUCAGGUUUUAUUUCCAAACCCCUAGGAAGGCAUUACAGAUAAUGGAGAUAGAAAUCCAAACCAAAUCCUGAAACAAGGGGGACGGACCUGCAGGAUGGCCAGAGGACCCAGUCAGUGAGGGUGGGAAGCCAGGCAGAUGCUGUCUAGACAGGGACCUCACCCUGGAGUCUCCACAGUAGUGUGAUAUUCUGGGACAGGGGAGUAGGGAACCAGAAGUCCUCACCCCACCAGUCCCACUGUUGCCCUGGGUAAUUGGGAGGGAGAGAAG